AAGAGACAUGCAGAAGUUGGGUUUGCAAGUGAAAAUUCCUGGAACUUGACUAACAACACUUUAUGCCAAAGAAAGAGCUGGAACAAACCCUUGGGGGUAUAAAGAAGCCAGGGCACCCAGGGAAGAGCUGGUAAUUCCGGUACCUGGAAAAGAACACUGUAGGGAGUUUAGCGCCAUGGACACUGAGGCUGCGGCUAGAUGCACCUGGAGACCGUCAUUAUUUUCCUGCUUCAUCUGCUGGGCUCAGCACUCCGCAGCAAGCUGCGGAUCAAAUGGAGACGGCGCCAAAGCUGUUUUUCACCAACAUGCCAUUUUCUCCAGGCAGGAGGAAUCCACGAAGCAUUUCAACUUUUCAUCUUCCGAUGGGGAGACGAGGAGAGAGGCUGAGCAUCGCUAUCGUGUGAAUAACUUGAGUCAGUGGAAGCUGGCCGUCAGGGUUAACUUCUGGGCCCCCAUCCUAUUGAAUGGCGUGACUGUGUGGGAGGUGGCCGUGCAGGCCUCA